GUAUGAGAUUUAUUCCCCUGCAGUCCAUACAUCCCCAGCCCGUGCACCUUCUCAUCCUCCCCUUCAGAUAACACUUUUCUUCUCUGUGUUCCUUCUCCUGUGCUGACCUGCGUCCUUAGAAUACAGAGCAGGGGGGAGGGGAGGUGAGGGGCUGUGUACUCAGCUGGAUGAGAUGAGGGGGCGUGGCUUAUUCCUCUCAUGCAGACAGAGAAAAAAAAAAAGCUGUGACAUCUUGUCCACAACAGACUCAGAAUUGUUGACAACAGUAAAAGAAAACCCUCUGAACUACAGAACUUCCUGCCCAACAAACAGAGCCGCCAUUCAUAUAACAGAACCUGAGGAGCCUCACAACAGUCGAAUCUAAAAGUUUCCUUAGGAGACUAGGACAAUUUUGGCAUAUUUCUGACCUUCAUUUGGAUUUCUCAUAUCACCUCACUGAUGACCACACCAAAGUAUGCUUGUCUUCUAAAGGUGUCAAUGCCUCCAGUCCUGGAAUUUUUGGAGACUUUAUGUGUGAUUCCCCAUAUGGACUUAUCUUAUCAUCAAUACAAUAUGUAAAAACAUCUGAACAAAAAGUUGACUUCAUGAUAUGGACUGGCGAUAGUCCGCCUCAUGUUCCUGCAGAUGAGCUGUCCACAAAAAUGGUGAUAGAUGUUAUUGGGAACAUGACCUCUACUAUUCGUAGCCUUUUGCCUGAUAUGCUUGUGUUUCCGGCACUAGGCAACCAUGACUAUUGGCCCCAGGACCAGUUGCCUGUAUCAGGAAGUGAAGUGUAUACAGCAGUGGCAGAAUUUUGGAAGCCAUGGCUGUCUGAAGGAGCUCUAAGCACAUUUCGGAAAGGCGGUUACUAUUCUCAGAUCUACAAAUCAAACAGAAUGUCCCAUCCUCUUAGAAUAAUCAGUUUAAACACAAACCUGUACUACAGUCCGAAUAAAGAGACGUACAACAUUACAGACCCGGCUGAUCAGUUUGUAUGGCUGGAGGAAACAUUAACACUUUCUCGUCAAAACAAUGAGAAGGUGUACAUCAUUGCCCAUGUUCCCAUAGGAUUUCUUCCAUUUACUCUAUGCAUAACAGCAAUGAGAGAAACAUUCAAUCAGAAACUGGUGAACAUUUUCCGCAAAUAUAGUGAUGUCAUUGCUGGGCAGUUUUAUGGACAUACCCACCGUGAUAGCAUCAUGAUUGUUUUAGAUGAAAAGAACAAGCCAGUUGGAUCUGCUUUUGUUGCACCAGCUGUAACACCCAUUAAGUCUGCCUCAGAGAGUGAGUCAAAUAAUCCAGGAUUUCGCUUGUACCAAUAUGAUACUAAUGACAAUAGCUUGAAGGACCUCUGGCAUUACUACCUAAAUCUUACUGAUGCAAACCUACAACAAAAAGCGUUGUGGAAGCUGGAAUAUAUUAUGACCAAAGAGUACAACAUAAAGGAUCUACGGCCUGAAAGUUUGCAAGAACUUGUCACAAGGUUUCAAAAACCACAAAGCAUUGAAUUCCAAAAUUACUACAAGAAUUACCUAGUAAACUUCGAUACCCCAUCCGGUUGUGAGAAAUUAUGCAAAACUAAACAAAUUUGUGCAAUACAAUUUGUUGAUGUCUCCUCCUACAUAGACUGCCUUUUAUUCUCAUUGAAACAAAGCAGCAUAGAGGACACUUCAAAUUUUAUUUAAAGAAAGUUACAGUUCAUGAUGUGAAAUCAAGCAUUUAUGAUACUUGGGGCCUGAGGGACUUUAUAAUUUUAUGUAUGGGAGAAGAUCUGUAAAAUCCAAAGAAAAUGGAAAAAUAUACAAGACAAAAAAGAAAACAUGCAGUUCCCUGCUAAAGUCUACAUGUGACAACAGACCGCAAUAUAUUUAAUAUUUUUCAUUAUUCUACUUCAACAAUAAAUUAUACAGAAUUCAUGGAACAAUGUAAUUUUAAUUUAAAGACAUGUAAAGUAUCGCAAUCAAUUUUUUUAUUGCUCCGAUACAUUUAAAAUAAAAUAAAAAUGGGCAUAGUGCCUUGAAUAAAAAUAAAUUACCAUUGUUUUUAUAAAGGUGCUUUACAGACUAAUGUGUCUUCAUGGUUACAGACAACAAACACCUUUUUCUGAUUUAGUUAUAUAUAAAUAUAAAUUAAUUUUUGAAUAAAUAAAUAUACAUACAACUUUUAAUUUAUAUUUUGGUAGGUUAAUGUGGUACGCC